UUUCCCGAUACCCCAUAUUUACAUGUCAUCCGACAAACUAACUCUCAAUUUGUCCUACGGAAGUAACAUUUGGAUGGAUCAAAUGAAGCGUAGAUGUCCUGACUCUCGCUUCAUCGGAGUUGCAAAGCUCGAGAAGUGGCGUUGGAUUAUUAGUACACGAGGUUAUGCCAAUAUUGUGCCUUCAGAGGAUGACCACGUAUACGGCUUCGUGUACGCAUUGAACGAGAGGGAUGAGAAAGUUUUGGAUGGUUUUGAAGGCGUACCCUUAUCUUACACCAAGCACACACUCCCGGUCGAGCUCACAAAAGGUGUUGACGGGCACGAGGAUUAUACUUACACCAAGGAGGGUAAGACUCUACUCGAUGUCAUGGUCUACGUCAACACGAGGGACAUAAAGGAUGGAAGGAUCCAAGAGGAGUAUAUACACCGAAUGAGUCAAGCCAUGGCGGAUGGGCUCAAGGAAGGGAUACCCAAAGAAUACUUGGACAAGUACCUUGUUUCAUUCAUUUUUGCCGGAGACGGCGAGGAGUGA